AUGCUAGAAGUAGAUCGCCGUGUUGAGAGAACCUCUUAUCCCGAGCGACCUAGAUCGGCCGUCGACUCGUACGACCACGACCACGAUCACGACAGGUACAGGACUGUCGAAUACGAGCGAGAACGCGACGUCGAUCGGGAUCAUUACCCCGAGAGACAUUCUCGCACCAAAGUUGUUGAAGAGAUUAAGACAUCCUCGCCAUCACCUCGUGACCAUUAUUGGGACCGUCGGUCGGCUCACCCUUGGGAGGACAUCCGGGAAGAUGUUCGCGUUGAGAAGCGGAUCGUGCGUGAAGAACCAAACGGAGAGAUACAGGUUAGAGAGAAAACCGAGGAGUAUAGAGAAGACCCCCGCGACUAUAAGGAGCGGGAUCUCAUGAUUGAGCGCCGCGUUGAAGUAGACAGAAAUCCUCAUGACGUCGAUGUUGAGCGAUACCGAAAAGAGGUCGAGUAUUACGCGGCACCAUCUCCUCCCCCAGCACCUGUCGUUAUUCGCCAGAAGUUUCCCGAACAAAAAGUUAUUAUCCAUGAAGCUCCCGCGCCUGCUCCCGUCAUACUUCCGCGACAGGAACCGACGUAUAUCGUCUUAAGGGAUGAGCGUCGACAAGUGGCGCCCCGCCCAGAGCCCCGGGAGGAAGAAGACUAUCAUUAUCGCCGGGAAGACCGACGGCGUCGAGACGAGCGACAAUAUGAAAGCGAUGGCUAUGAUGAGGACUACUAUAUUAAGAGGACAAUCAUAACACGAGAACGUAGUUCUAGCUCUGACCGUCACAAGAAGCGACAUCUAGCAGAAGGUGCCCUUGCCGGUGCCGGCCUCACGGCCCUACUUUCCGGUCGUGGUGAUAAAAAUAGCGAGAACCACGAGCAUAGAGGGCGUAAGGUUCUCGCCGGUGCUGCUUUAGGCGCCUUAGGUACCGAGGCUGUACGUCGUGCAAAGAGCGCAUACGAAGAUAGGCACGAGGACAGGUAUGAAGAUCACUACGAUGACAAUUAUCAACAUCAACACCGAAGCAAGUCACGGAGUAGACUUACAACCGGAUUGGCCAUCGGUGCUGCCGCUCUAGCUGUCGCAGGUGGACUCAAGUAUAUGCAGAAUAACAAAGUCGAGAAAGAAGAGGCAAAUCGUGGGCGUGCACGGCGCCGUUAUUCUACUGAUGGGUAUUCGACUUCCCGAAGUCGGUCAGGCCGUGGCCGCAGCCGAAGCAAAUCCAAAUCCAAAGCGGCUAAGGCAGCUCUGGCAACUGGUGCUGUUGCUGGUAUCGUGAAGCACUAUAGGUCUAAGUCCCGAGGGAAAUCUCGAUCCAAAUCUCGCCUAAGGACUGGUGCUGAAAUUGCGGCUGCUGGCUUGACUGGCGCUGCGGCGGAAAAGCUCUGGGAGCGUCACAAGGAAAAGAAAGAGUCGAAAGAACGUGAACAUCAUAGAGACUCAGAUGACGAGUACUACGAUAGAGAUCGAGGCUACUCAAGAAGCCGAUCCCGCUCCAGGUCACUUAGUCGCCAUUCGCAUUCACGAGACUCUACGGCUGAUAGAGAAUUAGGCCUGGUUCCCGUAGUUCCCGGGGUAGAGUACGGGAGUAAGCCCAUCGAGGGCUACGAGUCUGCUACCGAGGAGCCGCGACGUCGCCGUAAACACGAUCAUCGCUCACCUUCCACGUCCGAUCGAGAGGCUCGCAAGAAAAGGAGUCGUAGCAGGCUGCGCGGCGUUACGGCCGCCGGAAUCGGCACCGCAGCCGCAGCGGCAAUGGGUAUCAAGAAGUAUCAAGACCGCCAGAAGAGUAAGGAGCGAGAAGGUAAACCUAGGGACGUAAGCCGAGAUAAGUCGCUAGACAGGGAAGAUCGAGACAAAGAAAAGCGUAAAGCCAGGCGAUCCCGUGAUCGUGAGCGAAGGCGCUACGAAGAGGAAGCACCAGACGAUCCAUAUUACGAUUAUCACACCGCGAUGCCCCCAUCGCCACUCCAUGCUUCUGGUGGGGCAUACUAUCCGCCUCCUCCCGUCACGGAACCUACUGGCCCACCCCCAGCCGGCCCGGCUGGCUUUAUGCAGCACUCGAAUCAAUCUACCCCUAACGUGAAUGCUUAUAGUCCCUACCCGCCCUAUAAUCCUCAAGACUAUGCGGGAGUACCUGCGAUGAAUCUACCUCCUCCUCCCGGACCUCCGUUAUCCAGGCCACACUCUGGCUUGGAUAACCGAACCGGACCAGAAAAUGUGAGUCAUCCACGCUCUGAUGACAUGCAAUCCCAUCUUGAUGCCUCUCGGAGCACGGCUACUGAGCAGGGUGCGUCUCCUUGA